AUGAAAAAAUACCCGUUUCCAGUGACAUUUGAAAACGUUCGCUUUCCACCAAAUGGUCAACUCAAACUUCCUGUGAUGCCAGCUGAACCGGUCUAUGACGCAGAGAAGGGAGAGAAAAAAUACAAAUCGACAAAACGAAUGAUUGAAGCAAGAGGUGUGGAAGAGGUUCACACAGAAUUGAUUCACGAACAGUAUGGUCUCGCUGCCGUUUCAGGAGGAUUCAUCGACAGUGAUGACUUCAAAUUCCUUCAAGAUCGGAUCAACAAAAAUCUAAUUGACAAUCAGUUUGCAGUGUGGCGAGUCGAUGAGCCAUGGCUGCCUAGAACGAAGAAAGCCCAGGGAACAAGACUGGGAGGUGGUAAAGGCUCUAUUCAGAAGUACGUAACACCGGUUAGAGCCAAUAGAAUCAUUCUGGAAGUGGGAGGCUACAUCACUGAAAUAGAGGCAAAAGCUUUCCUCCUCUACCUGUGCGAACGAUUCUCGUUCCCUGUAGAAUUUGUCAGUGAAACAAUGUUGGCGGAACGACGUCGGAAAGCAGAAGAAACACGAAUGAUGAACAAGAACGUAUUCAACUGGGACCGUGUCAUCAAAUACAAUAUGCAAAAUUGUAAUAGCUGGCUUUCGAGCUACGAUGUGGCCUGGAAAGGAAAAUAUCGAUAA